AUGAAUUCUUGGUUAACGUGUUUAGUUAAUACCUUAAUCCAUCAAUCGAAUCCAACAUUUCAUUCUACUGUUAACCAGAAUAUUUUACCGGAUUUAAUGAAAGCAAACCACAAAUUAUUGGAGCUACUCGUACAGAGUUGUAACAUUGAAUUAGUUCAUGAAGAUGUUCACUUAUCUAUGUUCCUGUUGACAUGCUAUCGUCUUCUGUCUUCAAGUCGUGUUAAAACAGAUGUUCGUAAAUAUUUCUCGUUAGAUUUUCUUAAAUCAUGCCUUGGUGCAUAUGAUGAUCAGGUAAGUGUGUUAUGCUUUUUGUCACAGAAUAUAUGGAAGCAAAGUGCUCUACAGUUGUCAAUCGAUUUCACGCCUGUAUGUGUUUAAAAAAAUCUUUUUUAAGUUUCACUAGGUUUGGUG